UAAAAAUUGACUAUAGUUGGCUUCUGAAAAAUAGCUCAUCAAGUGCGAAAAUAUUUCUGACAAAACAAAUUAGCUGAAUAUUAUAAUGGCUUUUAAGAUAUUUGAUAACGUCUGAAUAGGUAUUGUUGUCGGAAGCAAGUCCAUAUUGUUUGAUUAAAUAAUGAAAUAGUAUGUAUCCGUAUGGCAUGAAUAAUCAAAACAAUUUUCUAAUAAUCUUGACGCGAGUGAAUAUAAAAGUAGUUUAGUAAUGGCAUGAUAUUCUAAUCUCGACUCUACGAGUUCACGGUAUACUUCGUUGAUCAUAUUCAUACCAUGAGUUCCUCAAAUACUGAUUCUGUGCUCAGUGUUGUAGUUCAACAGAUGAUGAUAAACAAAAAUAUCGUGGACUACGAGUUUGACGUCGAUGGAGGUACCUCCAGAUCAGAUGGAUUCUUAGGGGAUGUGAUAUUUUUUCAUGUGAAAUAUAAGAACAAGAUAGAUUACCUCGUUCUGAAAACAGGAAAAACGAAUGAAAAUGUUAGGAAUCUUGUGGAUGCUGAUACUUUAUAUAAUAGAGAAAUUUGUAUGUAUACAAAAGUUAUUCCAUUACUAGAAGAAUUCGCCAAAAUCAAGAAUAACACAGUUUUACCAACAUUCAUACCCAACGUUGUAUUCCACCAUAAGGAAAGCCUUGUCAUGGAAAACCUCAGAAAACAAAAUUUCCACAUGUGGAAUAGAAGAAAACCUAUGACUUUAGCACACCUUGAGCUCCUGUAUGAAAAUUAUGGAAUUUGGCAUGGGGUCACAAUGGCAUUCAAGAAUCAAAAACCUGAGGAAUUCUCAAAAUGUAUAAGUGGUUGGCGUGAUUGCAGAUUCAGAUUGAAUAAAACAUCAGGUCUUUCGCGGCAUCUCAAAAGAGAAUUUUCUGAAGUAAUGAGAAGACUGGCCGAUAGGAAUAGAAGUGAUUUAGUUGAUGUUUAUAAAAGUUAUAUUGAUAAAAUAGAUCACGUGCUGUAUAGAAGAGACCUCAAAAAAGAAGACAUGCUGAUAAUUAGUCACGGUGACACUUGGUGUAAUAAUUACUUGUUUAGAAAUGAGCUUCCCGCCGAGGAAUCCAAACCAAAUCGGGUAUAUUUUCUAGAUUUCCAACUGUCCAGACCUGAGUCCCCAGGGCUAGAAAUGAGCAGUAUUCUGUACAAUAUGGGAGGCAAGGACUCUUUCAAUAACACCGAUAGGCUGCUCAAAAUCUACCACAGUAAAUUAUCAGAAACGUUGAAGAGAUUAGGAAGUGAUCCAGAGAAAUUGUUCACAAUGGACGACUUGAAGAGGCACUGGAAACGAUAUGCUUUUUUCAAUGUUUUACAUAGUUUCAUUUAUUCAAGAAUUUCACUGUGUGAUGACGAUGACGCUCCUGAUCUAAAUCAGAUGGCUGAGAAUGGGGUGGAUUUCGAUGGCGUUUUUUUUUUCGAGAUGAAAAAUAUGGAUUUGUUCUGGGACAGGGUUCUAGAAAUAUUCAUUCAUUAUGGAGAGAUGUUGAAAGAGCCUAUAUGAAUGAAUAUUUCGAACAUAUUUCACAAUUAUGCAUUGCGAAAAAUCAAUUUCCUAUUUAAUUACGUUCUUAAAACAAAAAAUAUCUUUCAUUCAUUUUUGUACAUAAGCAUAGUUUAUUUUGAAUUCGAUUUUAUUGUCUAACUCAAAAAUUGAAAUAUUGGUUUUAUAUUUCUAAGUAUGAAUUUUCUAUUAGAUUUACUCACAUGCAUAUUGAGAUGCAUAGGUAAUCAGAAUGUGUGUUUGAUUUAAGCCCAACCAGCUGAUUCUAUUGUUGAGAAAUAUAGGAUGAGUACGGAUAGAUUAGAGAAAAAAAUUCAAUAUGGAAUAAUUUCAGUCUUAAGGUUGUAGACUACUUUGCACUGAAACUGCAAUUCCGCUAGAUGGAGCUACCCGAAAAUUUUUGGU